CCAGCAGCUGCAGGGUAGGAGGCGUGCUGUCCUUCCCCCGUUGCACUUCCAUCUCAACGCAGAGGAGGAGGGAGGUAGACUUUUCCACACCACAGAGGCCACAGUUUGCCUCGUCGUCGAGGUUCUGAUUGGGAGGCUGUCAUCGGGGCCAUCGAGUUCACCCACCCACCCAGUUGAGCAGCCGAGCUCAACUGUCAACGAAUUUUUGAGCAGUCGGCCUCUAGAACGAAGCUUAGUAUCACAGUUGUAGAGGGAGGGGAGGAAUUUAAUUCAGAGAAGGUUGGGGAGAGGGUUGGAAACAUGAGACGCGAAGGCAGAGUUCAUGGAUCGUACGUGCGUAUGAGCAAGCAUGAAGAUUUCGAGUACAACAAGGGCGCUCCUCGGAGGCCGACGAAUCACUCCAGAGUGACGUCGUGCUGCUUGAACAACAAGGUGCGCUGCUGCGGAUGCCACACCAUGCCCGUGUUGAAAGCCAUGUGCAAGACCAAGGGCAUGUUCAAGCUUAAGGACCUCGACAUCACCAGCAACCAUAAGCUUGUAGACUUCAGACUACUCAGUUAUUCUUCAAGGUACUUGGGUCGCGACUCCGUAGCGGACCUUCGUGGCUAUGAUGAUUACAGUGUCAGUGACGCCGGCUCCGAUUGUGAUAAUGACGAAGAUGCAGAGAUGGAUCUGGAUGAGAACCAGUGCUCCCCCGAUAUGAUGGUCACGAUUGCCAGCUUCUUACGUGACAUGAGGAGUGCCCCUGAACUCAUCCGAGAUGCCGACACUCCAGGCAGCAUUUUGGAGGGGGCAGCUGCUCCCGACGAAACCGCUUCCGAGCACGGAAGUUGUGAUGAUGAAUCUGAGAACAAGAUCGGAGCAGGAACUGACUCUGAUUGUAGCUGGGCCGGCGUUGAUCUCUCGGAUACGGAGCACUCUGGUGUCGAUGUUGAUGGUUGGUACUUGGUCGGCUAGAAAGAGCCUCGUGGAAAUGUUCCUCGCGGAAAUCAAUGCAAAUCGGCUCACUGCCCUCUUCCGGUUGAGUGAAUGCCCCUUAACAGUGCUCGGUGACCCGAACUCGAUUUUUAGCUCUGCCUCUGCAGAAUCCUCGGGAGGGCUUAUCCAUUCUGUACUUAUGCAGCUACACUAAUCCCUGUAGAUUGCCACCAGUCCAGUCCCGUAAUCGAUAUCUUCAGUACAGUAAGAGGAAGAAGAUGAUGAAGAAAAGCCUUUUAGCCUGUGGGGAAACAGGAUGGUGUGAUUCAUUGUUCCAAGGAGGAGCGAGACUUUUGACCGUGGGCGGGUCAUACCUUCCAUGCUGCGGGUGAUAGGAAGCGCUGAACUUCAGCCUUCGUGUUGAGAUUUGAUGACAUGUAAAGUUGAAAACAAUAGGCAGAAUUCGUUGACAGAAGCCUCAGAAAAAGCUAUGAAGCUCGUAUCCAAAAAUAUGAUGAAUAGUUCGUCUCCUUCAGAUUGAGAUAUCGAGUCAAUCGUACACCGAAAAUCAGACAUGCACGUCCAAUUGACUAGGCCUUUUCAGCACCGCAAAGAAGCUCGCAUGUUUGGCAUUGCACUGCCGCCAAUUGCAGAGUAGGGAAAACUCAAAUGUAGAUACCACAACAUUUAAUAGCGAAUGGAAAAAUUCAGCGGUUUGGCCGCCUCUGUUUUUCAACUGUUCUCUUCAA